ACUCUUGUUGUUGCUGUGUUUUUCAGGUCAUCGGCACCCCGUCAGAGGAGACCUGGCCUGGUGUUAAUUCUCUGCCUCACUUCAAACCAGACCGCUUUACAGUGUACAGCCCCAAGAAGCUCAGACAAGCCUGGAAUAAGUUGGGCUACGUGGAUCACGGCGAGGAGUUGGCCUCCAGGUUCCUCCAGUGCUUCCCAAAGAACCGGCUGUCUGCCCAGGCAGCGCUGAACCACGAGUACUUCAGCAACCUUCCUCCGCGGCUCUGUGAGCUGCAGGACAUAUCUUCUAUCUUCACCGUACCAAAUGUCAAGCUGCAGACAGAGAGCGGGGACAGCAUACAGGUGUGUGCGCGCAGGAACAGCCAGGGGAAGGCUUCCUCUGGAGGCAAGCACUGACCUGAGGCAGCAUCCUGCUGACAGAUCAAACUUUGACAGCAUGCGACGCCACUCCAAAUAAGGAUUUAUGGGCACACUAAUGACAGUUGGUAUCGGCUUACAACCUAAACUCGAGAG